CCAUUUUGUUCCUGCACAAUGAACAGAGUCCUCUGAUGUCUGAUGCAGCGGUGGGUGGAAAUGUCGAGGUUCCAGCGCGCGAAAGGUUCCCUCAACCCGCGGCCGACAGCAGUGAAAGAAGAACGGCAGUUGAACUCCAGUCUAGACCAGAGGAAACCAGAACCUCCGGAUAUCAAGGAGGAAGAGGAGGGGGAAGAUGUUCCUUCUCUCCAUGUGAAGACUGAAGAUGAUGAAGUUCAAAUCUCACAACACAUGAAAACAGUAACUGAGGGAGACAAUGGUGGAAAACCAGAAGCGGCCAGCUAUCCAGUUCCAGGUCCCCACUCGGACCUCCAGAGGUCACACUCUUCUGACUCUGAUACUGACGACAGUGAAGACUGGGACGAGUCCACCAACACUCAGUCGGGUUUCAACUCUGCAACUGUCCAGAGAGAUGAUGAGAAACCACUCAACUGCUCUGGGUGUGGGACAAGACGUUUCAAGAGAAGAGCGACUCCAGAGCUGAAAAUGGAACAUCAUGACAAUCACUUCAGCGGUCACAGAGGAAGAAGACCAUCUAGCUGCUUUCGCUGUGGUGUAGAAGAAGAGCAGCAAGAGUGGAGCUACAGUCUCGACCAAGAGGAAUCUCUGCAUGCUAAAGAAGAAGGGGACGACAUCACCAAGUUCCCUCUUAUGUCUGGCCAUGUGAAGAGUGAGGAUGAUGAAGAUGAAACUCAGUCCUCACAAUUUCAUCAGAGAAAGGAGGAGCCUCCAACCAGCAGUUCUGCUCAACACGUGAAAACAGAAGGAAACAACCGUGGAGGACCAGAACCAUCCAGCUUCUUUGAUCCAGAUCUGCACUCUGACCUCCAGAGGUCACUGUUUUAUAAUUCUGACAGCAAUGACAGUGAAGACUGGUGGGAAACCAUUAAACCACAGCUUGGUUCCACCUCCAUUAGAGAGAAGAGCGAUAGCGAUAAGUCACUGUGCUGUUCUGGCUGCGGGAAAACAUCUGCUUCAAAUGCUGAAUUUGCUCAGCAUAAGAACUCAUGCAAUGUCUCUCCAGCAAAGCCUUUCUGUUGCUCACAAUGUGGAAAGUGUUUCAGACAGAAAGGAGUUUUGAAGGAUCACAUGAGGAUUCAUACAGGAGAAAAACCUUAUAUCUGCUCUCAGUGUGGUAAAUGUUUCAAUCAGAGAACAAACCUAAACACACACAUGAUUCUUCACACGGCGGAGAAGCGUUUCAGUUGCUCUCUGUGUGGGAAAUUCUUUAAGUGGAAAGGAAAUCUGAAUACUCACAUGAGGACACACACUGAAGAAAAACCAUUUGGCUGCUCACACUGUGGCGAGUAUUUUAGGUCGAGACUGACACUGAAGACCCAUAUUAGGAUACACACAGGAGAAAAACCAUUUAGCUGCUCUCUUUGUGGAAAGUGCUUCAAUCAGAAAGACACUCUAAAAAGACACAUGCGAAUCCACACCGGAGAAAAAUCAUUCAGCUGUUCUCAGUGUGGAAAAAGUUUUUAUGACAAGGGCCAUCUGAACACUCAUAUGAGGGUUCACACAGGAGAAAAACCUUUUAGGUGCUCUGAAUGUGGAAAGUGUUUUAAACAGCUUGGGGAUUUGAAGCAUCACAUAAGAACGCACACAGGAGAAAAACCUUAUUGCUGCACAGAGUGUGGGAAGUGUUUUAGCCACCCCAGUGGCCUAAAGUGUCACAUGAGAAUUCACACGGGAGAGAAACCUUACCCAUGCUUGGAGUGUGGGAAAUGUUUUUCUUCAUUAAGCACCAUGAAGCGGCACAAGAGAUGUCAUGUCAGCGAAACCGUCUAAAGCUCAGUGACUCUAGAUCUUUGGACCUGCUGAAGAUGAAUAUCUGGACUCGUUGUGUGUGGUUAUAACAUUGUAAAAACUAAGAAACACAAACUUUAUUCAACUUUCAAAAUUGAUGGAAGUCUGCCAUGUUCAUGAAUGUAUUUCAGUUACUUAAAUAAAAAAAAUUAUAAACCAUUGUUAAUUUCUACAUUUCGACUGAUGUCAGUGCCUGUGACCAGGAAGUGCAUUCUGCUUGUUUCACAAGGAAUGUGGGGGUUCUAAGGUCACAUUCCUCUGCAGCAUGUCUUUGAAAGGAGUAUGUGAUCAUCAUCUAAUCCAACUCUGAACCUUUCUGGAUGGAGUUUGCAUGGUCUCCCUGUGCCUGCGUGGGUGUUCUCUGGGUACUCCGGUUUCCUCCCAGAGCCCAAAGACCUGCUCACUAGGUUAAAUGCUCACUAGGUUAAAUAUUAUAGGUUAUACACUCACACACACGAUAGUGUUUCAAAUGAAGCUACUCACCUUUAAGUAACUGCUAUUGUUCCCUGUGUCAUCUGAAGGGACAGCAGGUGGAGAACAGCACCCAGGCCAGUCACCAGGUUGUCAUUAUUUUCAUUUGAGUCGCUCUCCUUGUGGCAGCUGACUCUUAUCAACUCUUACAUCAGUGGUCCUUGAAAGCUCAUUGGUCGGUGUCCUCAGGAUCCUAGUGUGUCGGUGAGAAGCUAAUUCUUUGUAUGAAUGACUUUUAUUCUUCAAAUGCUCUGUUGUCAAUCACAGUUUUAAUUCAUAGAAUUAUAGUUGACAUAGAAGCAGAU